AUGAACUCCACUAUAGCUGCUGAGCUUGACGUCUGUGCUUUGGAGAAUUUGAAGGAUGUCUAUGGAGAUCUGGCCCAGAUUCCAAUUCCGUCAUAUGGUCGGAUCCAAUGCUGUGGAAAAUUAAUACAGGUUUCCUCCGUGUGGGAUAACCCAGCGCCGCCAAUGAAGAAAACCACAAGGACUCAGCGUUCAUCUCUCAUUGAAGUUUUAGCUGAUACAGGAGAACUAUCUCAAUCGGUCACAUUUUCGCUUUCAAAUUCUAUGGUGGCUCAGCUUAUCACUGUUGUCGAUGGUAAUGACAAGAAGCAGUAUCUGAAGGUUUUCGAUCAAAACGAAAACAUAGAAGUUUUGUUCUCGGAUUUAAGUGGACAGAAAAAACAUGGCAUUGUUUACGGCGAAGGAUCUGCUCCUUUUGCCACAUUGGCGUUUUCUCAUGGUGAAGGGCACGUACUGUAUUGUGCAGAGCGAUUUACGAAGGCAGCGCAGUAUUUUGACGCCGAUCUUGAAUGGGACAAUGACGAGAAGAUUAUUGAGAGCAAAGUGGGAAAAAAAUACGAACUUCGACAAUCUUGGGGUGAGUCUUGCCCUGACGUUAGACAACCAGUGCUCUGUAUUGUGGACAUUUCAUCUGGAACAGUAACUGUUAUCGACCAAAUUCCGAGUGGAAUGUCUCCUUCAUUUUCACUAUGGGCUCCAGAUGAUGCUGGAAUUGUUUUCUUUGGUCUGCAUGAUUUGCCGUUCAGAUUGGGGAGAACAGCCUGCAACAACAGACCAGGUGCAUUGUACUACUACAAUUUGAGUUCUGCAGAACUCCAUCUCAUUGGAACAGAAAAUGUUGCUGUUGAGUAUCCAUCGUUCUCUCCUGAUGGAAGAACGCUGGUAUAUUUCCAACGAGCAGCAGAUGGUCCUCACCAAUCUGUGGUGGAAUGCGUUAAGGCGCCAUGGCCAUACGACGGAUCUCCGCCAUCCGUCAUAGUUCCAAUUGUGCAAGAAGUAGAACGUCCUUGUCAAUUUCCUGGUCUAUCAUUUUUGCAAAUCGUUCAACGAUGUUGGGCUUCGAAUGGCCGUUUGAUCCUGGGAACCGCUUGGAGAAGCAAAAUGGAACUCUUAGCCAUCGAUGUUUCCAAUGGUAAAAUAGACAAGUUAACCAAUCACGGACAAUGCCAUGGUUCAUGGAAAGUGCUUGAUGUUGCUGACGACAAAAUUCUCGCUGUAGUAUCUGCUCCCAAUCGACCUCCCGCAUUACUUUUGGGGACGAUUCCUUCCAUAGGACAGGAGAUUACGGUAAGAGGAAGUUUUUCGAAACGUAAGCAUCUUCUCAACUAUUCAUGGCAACUCGUUGGCUUCCAGCGUGGAGGAGAUACGCCAUAUGAAGGGGUGUUUAUGUUACCUAAUGAAAGCGAAUCAAUACCGUUGGUUGUUGUUCCACAUGGUGGUCCACAUGGAGUCUCUGUGGCCGGGUAUCGGUCAACUACCAUGGCUCCGUAUUUAUUCCUUUUUCCUUCAAAAUUAGUUGGUUUCGGUGAGAAAUUCAUUCGUUCACUUCCUGGUAGAUGUGGUGAUCUGGAUGUCAAAGAUGUGCAUGAAACUCUAACGAUCAUCGACUUUUCUACUUUUAUUUUAAAGUUAACAUCUCAUGGUGGUUUUUUAGUUUCGCACCUCAUUGGACAAUAUCCGGGAUUUUACAAAUCAUGCGUUGCCCACAAUCCCGUAAUCAACAUGCUUGCUAUGUACGAAAUAACUGACAUCCCAGAAUGGACGUUAUUCGAAGGGACAGGUAACGUAGGAGACUGGACCAAGACACUGGACGAGAAGCAACGGAAAAUGAUGUUUAAGAGCUCACCAAUUGCUCACGUAGAAAAGGCAAUCACACCAUAUUUAUUGCUAAUCGGCGAGAAGGAUUUGCGUGUUCCUCCACAUUAUCUCGGUUUUCUUCGAAAUCUUUUGGCUCGAGGGAUACCUUGCAAGGUGCUCACCUAUCCGUCGUCGUCUCAUCGCAUUGAUGAGGUGGAAGCAGAGAUUGAUGCAUCAGUCAACAUCAUCAGAUGGUUCGAAAAGUCAUUCAAGUGA